AUGGAUUUGGUCCUAAGCUGGGACUGUCAGGCCCUUUCGGGGCCUUCUGAGCAGAGACAAAUGGACAAAGCAGCACUCAAAGCCGGCCGCCUCUCUCCCGUCGUCACCCGCAAGGAAAACGCUUGUCUUGACAAGAUGGAAGGCUUGAAUCCCGAACGGGCGAGACGGCUGCUGGCACCACGCUCUCCAUCCAUGCCACCCACCAACGUGUCUGUCGGGCCGCGAAAGACGGGCAGCAACGACAUCGCACUGGGCAAGCCUGGUGCCCAGAAACCCACAGGCAUCAAAAAGGAGUGCCCUCCAUCUCUGAAUAACUCAGUCCGACCGCCGCUUAUGCGUAUCUCGAGGCCUGCUCCGCCAGUGAUUGCGGGAGCCAAGAGGCCUCGUGAUCAUCUGGAUGAGCCCCAAGAGCCGCAUCUGCGGCGGCAAUGGCCCUCAAUACCCCCUUUCUUCUUACCUCCUCCGCCGCCGAACCCACAUACCAUCUACCUAGAAUCUCUCCUUCAGCCUCACUGCCUUUUGUUGACUCUUAGGUCGAGGCUUGGCGACGGAAGCCAGGCCCUUUCGACCCAAUGUCGCACAAUCACAAAGGCAGGUCUUCUUCUAGGAGAGACGAUCCAAAGCCAGCUAAACCUCCCCAUACUGCGACUUCCAGCUCCAGCCCAGGUUUUUGGAGGGCUGGAGGGGACUGUCGAUGGGGAGCUACUGGAGGAUAUCUGGUACAGCCUCACUCCAGAAGCAAAGUAUUCCUAUGCGCGCCAGCUGCGCCAUAUUGUCAACAGCAUGCGCCUGAACAUGGCGCAAACUCGCAGCACAGCUGCUCUACAAGCCAAACGAAAUCUGGUGGGAUCUGCUUUUGCAGGUCCUUUUUCCCUGAUGGUAGAUCAACACGCCCUAAACACAUACUGGGCAGUUCGUCCAAAGCCCACAUGUGCUCAGUUUGUCGCCUUCUUGACAUCGCUGUUUGUUGCAUCUGUUCCAGCGAUCGUCGCCUCUGCUGUCACGAGCCACUUUCGGUCAGAUUACGCAGUGCGUUUCACUCACGGUCAGCUCAGCCCAAAGAAUAUUGUUGUGAAAAACAGCAAGAUCGUGUGCAUUCUGGGCUGGGACAAUGGAGGCUGGUAUCCAGAGUGGUGGGAGUACGUCAAGUUUUUUGAAGCUCGUACAGGCCCUGAAAACCAAGACUGGUACGACUACGCGACUCACAUUUUCGUGGACACUUUUCAGGAUGAGCUGGCGGCAUACCAGGGUAUCGCGAGAUGUCAAAGACCUUGA